AUGGUGAAACUCUGGGUGGGCCUACUGACCACACUGACGAUCCUGGUUGGACAUGGAGAGGCCAGUGCCUGCAAGCCGGAGCUGGAUGGCUAUGUUCAGAACCUGGCCAAAGGCCGCCCGACUUUCCAGUCCUCUGUCUACUCGCAUCCGAUCGUUGGCUGGGCUAGCAAUGCGGUGGAUGGAAAUUGCAACGGGGACUGGUAUGCCAAGUCCUGCAUCCACACCAACAACGACCUGGAGCCCUGGUGGUAUGUGGACCUGGAAGACCGCUAUGGCAUUGGAGCCGUGGUGGUGAAGAACCGGGGGGACUGCUGCGGGGAGAGACUUGACAGGGCUCAGGUCUAUGUUGGGAACAAUAUAGCGGAUCCCAAAUCCAACUUCCUCUGUGGGCCCAUCACAGACACCAGCCUGGGCUCCGUCAACACCAUCUCCUGCUACGGGUACGAGGGUCAGUACGUGUUCAUCAUCAUCCCCGGCAGGCAAGAGUACCUCCACGUCUGUGAGGUCGAAGUCUUUGGCGUCAAGGGGUGUCCAGUGCGCUAA